UCUGCCGUAAACCUCUCGCUCUGUCGUAAUCGGUUCCUGUCGCACCAGAGGUCACAACAAGCGGUUCAGUAUGGGUGGUGACCACGGCCACAGCAAGAUGUCGAUGCCAGACUGGAAACAGUGGAAGAUCGAGGGAACGCCGCUGGAGUUCACACAGCAGAGGCUGGCAGCCAGGGGCCUCAAGGAUCCAUGGGCUCGGAACGAGGCAUGGAGGUUUUCAGGCGGCUUUGCUCGUGCUGUGACUCUGUCUGACGUUCUGCUGAAAGGAUUCAAGUGGGGGUUUGCAGCGUUUGCCGUUGCCCUGGCUGUUGAAUACACCCUGUUCCCUCCUAAGAAGGGUGGCCACUAAUGCUCUUUGUUGUCUAUUGGACUGAGAUCAUACCCAGUGGAAUCUAAUAAUCUGUAUUUUCAGUGUAUUAAAAGUUUAUUUGCUCACCAUG